AUGUCUGACCGCCACAUCUUCAACGACCACACAACCCUCGUCGCGCGCUCCCUGCGCGGCCUGGUGGCCAUGUCCCCACGGCUCAACCUCAUCCCCUCGCUCAAGGUCGUGUACCGCGCCGACGCCGACCGGUCCAAGGUCUCCCUGCUCUGCGGCGGCGGCAGCGGCCACGAGCCGGGCACAGUGGGGUUUGUCGGCGAGGGCCUGUUGACGGCCGCGGUGGCCGGCGACGUGUUUGCCAGCCCCAGUGCCAGGCAGGUGCUGGGUGGCAUCAAGGCCGUGCCCAGCGACAAGGGAACUAUUCUGAUCAUUACCAACUACACCGGCGACAACCUCCAUUUCGGCCUGGCACGUCUCAUGGCCCAGAGCCAGGGAAUCCCAAACGUCGAGCUCGUGGUCGUCGGUGACGACGUGAGCGUCCCGCACUCGAGGGGCAAGAUGGUCGGCAGGCGUUGUCUUGCCGGCGUGAUUCUCGUGUCCAAGAUCAUGGGUGCCGCCUCUGAGGACGACAUGGAUUUCCAGCCGCUCGUCAAGCUCGGCCGCUCGCUCGCCUCCAACAUGGCCUCGGUGUGCAUGGCCCUCGACCACUGCCACGUCCCCGGCCGCAGUGGCGAGUUUGCCCAGAUCCCCGCCGGCCGAAUCGAGAUUGGCCUCGGGCUGCACAACGAGACGGGCGUGUUCAACGUGGCCCAGCCGGGGCCCGAGGAGCUGAUCAAGACCAUGCUCGACUUGAUGCUCGACCAGGACGACCCGGAGCGCGCAUUCGUCAAGUUUAAGAAGGGGGACACGCUGGCGUUGAUGGUCAACAACCAGGGCGGCAUGAGUCCCCUUGAGAUGGGCGCGGUGGUGGACGAGACCCUCGUGCAGCUUGAGGGCCGCGGCAUUGUCCCCGUCCGCAUCUUCCAGGGCAUCUUCAUGGGCUCGAUGAACAUGCCCGGCGUAUCCCUCUCGCUCCUCAACCUCAACAACGUCAGCGCCGACACGGGCCUCUCCAUCGCCACACUCAUGGAAUACAUGGACGCCGAACACAUGUCCCCUUGCUGGCCUGUAAACCAGAAAAACGUCUACCCUCUCCCGGCCAACCUGCGUGACCGUAAACGCACCGACGCGUUCAUCGACGUCGAGGCCGAGCACAAGGCGCCGGCACCCACCGGCCCGCCGCUCAAGGUCGACCCGGCCACGAUCCAGCGCGCGCUGACGCUCGCGGCGCAGGACGUCGUUGCGCUCGAACCCGACCUGACGAAAUGGGACACGAUCGUGGGCGACGGCGACUGCGGCGAAACGUGCGAGAUGGGCGGGCGCGCCGUGCUUGCGGCCGUGAAGAACGGGCUGGGCGCUGACGGCGACCUCGUCCACCUGUUCCGCGAGUUGACCGAGAUCAUCGACGAGGCAUGCGGCGGCACCCUCGGCGCCAUCUUCUCCAUCUUCCUCGCGGGCAUGACCACGGCGCUUAUGGAGGCCGCCGCCCAGUCGCCCCAGCCCGUGGUGGACGCGGCCCUCUUUGGCAAGUGUGCGCGCGACGCACUGGAUACAUUGGGCCAGCGCACGGCCGCGCGCGAGGGCCACAGGACAGUCAUGGACGCCCUCAUCCCCUUUGCCAAUGCGCUGGCGGCCACCGGCGACGUCAACCAGGCAGCAGCAAAGUGCCGCGCUGGCGGAGAGGGGACCGCGACGCUCACGGCUAAACUCGGCCGCGCGGCGUAUGUCGGUGACAGGACGGACACGACCAUGCCGCCCGACCCGGGAGCGAUGGCCUUUGUGGCUGUUGCAGAGGGCAUUGCAAAGGCUGUGGAUGAGAAGACGGUCAAUGGGGUCUGA